CAAAUCAUGGCCCAGGACGUUAUAUGCCUAUAUAUAUGCUUGUGAAGGUGUCUCCUUUCUCAACCCUCCGCCUUGGGAUUAGCCAAUUCAUCGUCCCGCCGUAUGUUUGGAAUUCUUCCCAAGCAUACUUCCUGUCCACACUGCACACCAUGACUGUUUCUUGGCUCUCUUUCAUCAUCCCCUUCAUUUUAUCCAUAACUUCGAUUUAUGGACAGAAACUUUACAUUCCGGCCCUGACUCUAGAACGUGAGGGCUUCCACCAAGAUCCGGAACGUGCAGUUUCAGCAUCCGAAACUUUCUUCUUCGACCAAACGCUUGAUCAUUUCAGCUACACACCCCAGAGCUACGCCACCUUCAAACAGAGAUACUUUAUCGAAUGCAAAUUCUGGGGCGGCGCGAAUUCUACUGCGCCAAUCUUCGUUUACCUUGGUCCCGAAUCGGAACUCGAUGGACCCCCGAAGAAUAUCGGGUUUCUGAGAGAUAACGCAGCUCAAUUCCAAGCUUUGUUAGUUUAUAUUGAGCACCGGUAUUAUGGUCAGUCAAUUCCACUUGGGAUGAGCUUCGAAGAAGCCCUCGAAAAUGCAGAUAUUCGUGGAUAUUUUAGCUCGGCCCAAGCUUUGGCUGAUUAUGUAGCCAUUAUUAUGCACGUUAAGAGGGAAUGGAAUUCGAUUAAAUCUCCAGUUAUUGUGGUGGGAGGAUCAUAUGGAGGAAUGCUUGCUUCAUGGCUCCGACUAAAAUAUCCACACGUGGCCCUUGGAGCUUUGGCCUCAUCAGCUCCAGUGCUAUAUUUUGAAAAUAUGACACCCCAGGAUGCAUACUAUUCAGUGGUCGCCAAGGAUUUCAAGGAGUAUUGGUCGGUUGUCGAAUCUGGAAUUCAAGAGCCACCAGUAGGCAUGGCUUUGACAGAUCCCCAGAAAGCAGAAUUGGAAGCUAGAAAGUUGAAGGACUUGAAGAAGAAAUAUCAAGGCUCUGUUAGGGUGAAGCGUGCACAGCUUCAAGCCUUGAGAAGAGAUUUUGAGACACUAGCAAUGAAGGAUGGAGAAUCUGUCACUAGUUAUUGUGCCAGAACAAUGGAGAUCAGCAACAAGAUGCGAUUCCAUGAGGAAGGGGUAGAGGUAGAGGUAGAGGAAGGGGAGAUCGAGGAAAUAGAGAUGUUGGCAGGAAUUUUAAAGCCAAUAAUGACCAAUUUCAAGGCAAAGGCAGAGGACGAGAUCCUAACAAAUUCAAGGUAG